UUAUUACUUUGCCAUCUCCUCCCUACAGCGGUGACUAUUCCACCGCUCCUCUCGUCUGAGGCCUGUGUCCCCCAGGGCCACCACGUGAACCACUACUCCCACCUCCCUCCUCCUGUUGCUCCUCCUCCUCCUCCUCUUCCUCUUUCUGCUGCUAUUUUUUGCUUUUUAAUUCCACCUCUAAAGAACAGCUUUAAGCAGCCGCCGGUGUCGGAGAAGAGCAUGGACUCGGCGGGCGGAGAGGGCGGUGCGACGUCGUCAGGAGGUCAGGCGGCGGCGGCGGCGGGGCAGCAGCCGAGUCGGUACGAGUCGCAGAAGCGGCGGGACUGGAACACGUUCCUGACGUACCUGCGGAACCACAAGCCGCCGCUGGCGCUGGCGCGGUGCAGCGGCGCGCACGUCAUCGAGUUCCUGCGGUACCUGGACCAGUUCGGGAAGACGAAGGUGCACGGCGCCGGCUGCGCCUUCUACGGCCACCCGAACCCGCCGGGCCCCUGCGCCUGCCCGCUCCGCCAGGCCUGGGGCUCCCUCGACGCCCUCAUCGGCCGCCUCCGCGCCGCCUACGAGGAGUCCGGCGGCACCCCGGAGACCAACCCCUUCGCCGCCCGCGCCGUCCGCAUCUUCCUCCGCGACGUCCGCGAGACCCAGGCCAAGGCCCGAGGCAUCCCCUACGAGAAGAAGAAGCGCAAACGCCCCCCGCAGGCCUCAUCCUCCGCCGCCGCCGCCUCAUCCUCCGCCGCCACCAGCCGCGGCGGCGAGUCUUCCUCUUCCGCCGCUCUCAGCGGCGGAAGCUCCGGCGACGGUUCCGGCCCCGCCGCUCCCCCGGUGAGAGGCUCCUCCACUCCUCCUUGAUCACCACUCCUCACUCUGUUAGAUAGCUAGCUAGUAUUGGACGACUCUUAAAUCUUAAUCUCCGGAUUGAAUUGAAUGUAAUUACUUAUGAUCUGUUCAUCUAUCACACUCUUCCGAUCCUCA